ACGGCUUCGUCAAAUUUUCAUCCGAAACACCCGAGUCUGCGAAGCUCGACUGUAUCUCACUCUACAGCAUGCCUGCAAACAGUGCUAAUCCUUUAACAGCCAAAAGCGAUCUUCAGGGCCUUGAACUGGCAGAACAUCACUUUGGUCCCUUACUUCACCCCACCCGCGCCACGCAAAGCGCAUGGACCAACUAUUCCAUCAAUCGCCUCCAAACCACUCAAAAAUACCGCACAGUUGUAGACUCCCAGGAGCCUGAACCUGAGCACGACGAGUACUCCGACGAGGCUUGGCUUUCAGGCUCCGUCAAAUCUUGCGUAUCUCAGAUUGAGAAGGAGAUGGACUUGAAAGAAGGCACCCUCCAGAAAUGUAUCACCAUUCUGUGCAACGAAACGGUACUCGACGACGAGGAUCCGCGCUCUCUUGAUAGUAUCGUUCGGAUCUACUCACCCACUACGCCAAUGUACAUUAAUGUACAUUUCCAAUAUUAUUUGCGUUCGCGUUUUUCGCUGGUCCAGUGGUUCUACGCACUAGGAUACAAGAUCCAACGCCGCCCAUCUGCGACCGCAGCCGAUGCAUCUCUCAUCAAAAAAGAACUCAGGAGGGGCAUGCCUCCAGAGGUGCACACGCGCAAUGGGUGGCAGACUUUAUGCUGGGGUUACUAUGAUGACUCCGAUGGAAGCUAUGGCAAAGAUUGGCGCCCAGUUGAGGUUGGAAAAGUGGAGUUGCACGAGGAAGGAGUUCUGGACGCUCACGAAGCCUUGCUCGGAGACUUGGAAAAACCUGUCGAAACUAACCCAGAGGCCAUGCUUGCAUACCAUCGAUCACUCAUAAGGAGCAUACGCCUGCUCCUCGCCGCCGUUGGUAUUUCAUAUGGAGUCGCAUGUGUUGAUGAUGAAACUGACAAAAGGCCGCGCGGUCUGGUCCUCGAGGGGCUGCACGACAAAUGGGUCGGGCGGGGGAUACGCAACGCAUGUGGUCUCCGACUCCCCAGAGACGCAGAAGAAGCGCGGGAAGGUGCAUAUGAACGGCGAGAUGCAGCAAGGGGUGACGACGAUGACUCCGAGGACGACGAUGAAUACCGCUCUGGAGAUGAUGACUACGGCUUCUGA